AUGAAUUCUGUUUGCGACAUCUUGCCAUUGCUGAGUGAAGUGGGCCUGUUGAAGAAUGUUACCUCCAUUUGCCUUUAUUCGAAGCUCCUGACUUAUGAAUUCUACUGUAAUCUUAAUGAGGAGAUUGACAUCCUAACUGGGCCACGACCCAUGCAAAUCUUCAUUCGAGAUAAAUGGUAUGUCUUCGGCCCUGACAUGAUAAAUGAAUCUUAUGGUUUGAAAGCAGUGCACGAAGAAGCAAUCACGGACUGGAAUUUGGUGGCAAAGACCGUCACAGGUGGACAAACUGAUACAUGGCCUACUGGUGAAAAGGAUUAUCUACCUAGCUCACAGCUCACCUCCAAAUAUGUCAUCUUGCAUCGUCUUGCUCUUCACAACUGGCUUCCAUCGGCUCAUUUUCAUACGGUUGGCAAGCAAUUGACAGGUCUCUUGUUCCGGAUUGGAACAAAAAUGGCUAUUGAUUUGGGGGCCUGGAUUUAUUAUCAUAUUCUCACCUUGAUCCAUCCUCGAGAGCAGAAGGUAAGGUUGCCCUUCCCUAAUCUGAUAUUUGGAGUUCUAACAACACAGGGCCUUGAGCCAAUGCCUAGUGAGGUGAUCAGUCCGACUCUGCUGUAUACUGUUAAUCCUCAUCUUCUAACUGGAGGUCACAUCCGAGAUGUUACGCCGGUGAUUGCUCCUUCCACGACUGAUGCUGAUACAGUGGCUGAUGAUUCGCCACAUGCGAAAGAUGUCCAACUCUCUCUUCGUCUAAAGGCCCGUGUAUCUGAACUUGAGACUGUUCAUGGUAUCAUUUCCAAGCAGCUGACAGGAGCCCGUACUGAGUUGGCUACCAUUCUUCUCCGCUUAAGCUUAACUGAAUCGACUGCUGCUGAUGCUGCUAAGUCUGAUAGUGAGAACCACUCCGAUGCUUGA